UCAAAAAAGCUCUUCAAUCAAAAUGGCCGAGCGCGAAAGAGAUCCGUAUUAUUUGGAGUUGCCGCACACAAGUGGAACGGCCGGGCUACAAGCUACUUGGGGUUUGGGCAAUCAGCUGUUUGUAUUCCCUGGCAAAAGAGGACCACUCUACUCUGGUCAUGCUGAGGGUGGUGGUGUAUCCGUGAUCAAUGAGGUGCGAUGGGAGACAGACAUGCAUGGCACUGUUACUAGGAAACUGGUCAAUGAGACACACAAUAUAUUCGUCACACUUCAAAACCAGGCAGUUGAGUCUACUGGGCCAGGACUUAAACCGCUGUUGGUGAAGGCAAGUAAGCAGUAUCGGAGUGUUUUGAAGGCCUGCAGUCUUGACGUCUACAGCAUGGCUGAGAGCUGUGAGGAUGGUGACUCGAAGGCCGUGUUGGAAGAACAGAUGAAGAUCUUCAACAUGACUGAGCUCAUAUGGAGUCUGUGCGAAAUACUGUGGAUCGACCUUGCCCCUGGGGGAGUUGUAAUCUCUCAGCUGUUGGAAUGGCUUCGCUGGCAUUUUACUGAGGGCGAACAGCUAUUUGCUGAAAUCACAAGAGAUGAAUUUCCUGAGCAGCACCGAGAAUACUGGGAUUGUAUCUACCGCCUUGUUCUUCAAGGCCAGCUGGAUAAAGUUCGCAUUCUUCUCUCCCACAAUGCAGCCGCUCGCACGGAUGCCUUCCUGAGCAUGGACGAGGUCCUUAGGAAAAUGCCCAUUUUCAAUCAACUGUAUAGGGGAAACUCCGUCUCUGAGUUUGACAUGAAAUGGCGUCACUGGCGGGAUGAUUGUGAACGACGUCUCGAGUCUGGGGAAUUCUCCACCAGUACAAAUCUUGAUAUAAUGGCAAGGAUACUAUGCGGGGAAGAAAGUGUAUUUGCCCAUAUUAAAGACCUCUGCGAGACAUGGUACCACAUGCUUGUCUCCAAGAUGUUGUACCAGCGACCUACAGUCAAAUCUGUGGACCUUCACUACUAUGCCCAGGCAAGUAUGGAUGAGUUUCGGGGCGAUGGUCGUAUGAGUGAGAUGGACAGUAUUCUUCUGUCCACGCUCGAGUUCGACGUGCAUCAGGUCAUUAAGGAUUGCAGUGCUGUAUUGAGCGGCUGGUGGUUUGUGUCACAUCUGACUGACAUACUUCAUCAUUGUGGCCAACUGGAGUCACACAGGCUGGAGUUUGGUCACAAUCUACGGGAGUACCUGCUGUUGGAUUACGCGACCAGUCUCAUGUCCCACUGUAGUUUGUGGCAAGUGGGCGUUGACUACCUAGACCAAUGCCAUGACACUGGGAGACACUACCUUGAGCAGUUUAUUGACAACAUGCCGAUCGAGACUGAAAGGAAGGCCCACAAACUCUUGAAUAUCUGUGAAAAGAGGAACAUGCCCGAACAAAUUAAAAGCAUCUGUAAGGUGAUGGGAAUGAGGUGUUUGAAAAACCAGAGACUCGGUGCUGCUCUGUCAUGGUUCCUUCGCUCAAAGGAUGUGGCUUUUGCAACAUUGAUAGCAGAAAAAUUUUUAUCAGAAUACAAUGAGCAUGGAGAGUUCUCCAACUUGGAUUUGCUCGACAACCUGGGUUCUAGUAUGCUGAUAAGCCAUCGCCUUACAUUCCUUGCAAAAUAUCGGGAAUACCACCGACUGUACGAGGAACGGGAAUUGUACGCAGCUGGUUCCCUGCUUCUUUCAUUAUUGACUUCACGAUUGGCGCCAAGGGAAUUUUGGAUCACAUUACUGAAGGAUGCCAUCACGUUGUUGGAGGCCAAAGAGUGUAUCUAUGGGAGGAAGGAGACGUUUGAGUUGAUGCAUUGUUUGGAAGAGCUAACAAAGGACAGACAAUUCCUCGCUCCUGACAAUGAGAAAGAGGACAUCUCUGACUUGAGGGAAACAAUCGACUUGCUAAAUUUAGCCUUGACAAGAAACUUGGCUCGAUCAAUUGUCAUUGAAGGAGUGAUUAAACCCACCUAGCGACAUCGUGGGCUAUAAAACUGCAGGUUAAAAGAUGAGUCCAGAAAACGUGAUUGUUGGUUGAUACAGGAUAUUGAACGACUUGGAUCAUUGAUGAUUAUCUCGAUUUCCGCAGCAAGAGACAAGUUUAUGAUUGUUUUAGAAAAGGUUAUAAUAGUGAAUCAAAAUGGUUCAACGUCAUAUUAUACAGAGAGUCAUAAACAUGCACCAUUUCAUACAAAACACAUAAGAAUUCAGAAAUAUUUCUUUUGUCAUUUGUCUUGUACAUUAACCUAAUUGUGUCUAACACUUUCAUAGAAAUUAUUCCUUUCCCAAACUGCUGGAUUGCAUCCCACUGAUCUCACGUAUUUAAUAACCCUGAUUCCAGAGAUCCGAAUCAUUAAAUAGGUGCACGUCAUUCUUAAAAGAAAGUGCAUCCUCAGUAUGCAAAUAUUACUGAAAAAUGUGUCUAAGGGAAAAAAAGCAGUAUAGGGCUCCAAAUACGCAAAAAAAUGAAUGAAUGACAUUGCAGCAUCUGGCUUUUUAAGACAAAUUUUAGAAUGUUUCAUCAUGAAGAUAAAUCAAUGGGUACUAUUGGGAAAGUGAAUUGAGACGCUAUAAAGACGUGAGUGCAACAAUAUUUAUUUUUGGUUCCUGACUUACCCUUUAUUGCACGUAACCCUAUUUGUUUCAUAGUCAGUCAUCAUUUUGUGAGGCUGUUAUUUCUUUACUAGUUUUGGGAUAAAUUUUCGGCAGGUUCUUGCAUUGUAAAGACGAGUAAAUGAACCAAUAAAGAUGUUUAAUUGUGUUAAUACUAUUUUUCAAAUGACUAAUAAAUAUGACAAAAUCAGAAUAAAAGUAUUAAAAAGAC